CUGGAUGAACGGAACUACAGACUUAUGAGUCAUCCACUCGAUCAUCUCUCUGUUCUGGAUAAAACCCCCUUUCCUUUUUGUUUUUUCUUGACCCGUACACCAAUUUUAGCUCACUUGCACAUUUAUCUUUCUUCGAUUCCAAAAGUCAGAAGAUCGCUAGGAGCUGAUCUCUAUCACCAUGGACCAAUUUAUUCGUCAUUUUUACACAGUUGUCUUGUCUUUGAUAGCUUUGUCUACCACCAUUCAUUGUGCUCACACAGAUUCAAAUGAGUUUGAUUACAUUGUUGUGGGAGGUGGAACAGCCGGACUGGCUGUCGCCUCCAGAAUCUCAGAAGACCCAAGCAUCACGGUUUUGGUCCUUGAGGCGGGCCAAAAGGGGCUUGGCAACACCGGGAUCUCCAUUCCUGGCUUAGCCGGUAGUACCUUCCGAAGUGGAGUCGAUUGGAACUAUACCACCGUUCCUAUAACUGGAGCAGGUGGCCGAACAAUGAUUUAUCCUCGCGGUAAAGUCUUGGGUGGAUCUUCAGCGUUGAAUUUUAUGGUCGCCACAAAAGCAUCUCGCCACGAUUAUGAUACCAUCGAAUCACUGGGAAAUCCAGGAUGGGGGUGGUCGGAAUUCGAUCAAGCUUCCAAGAAGUCGGAAAAAUUCAUUGCCCCCACUACUCACAAUUUUACGUUCGACCCCAAAUAUCAUGGUUUGAAGGGAGUUGUCGAAACGACCUUUCCAAAGUAUUUGCCUCCGAAUGUGCAAGGAUAUUUUGCAGCAGCAAAAGAUCUUGGUCACCUCAAGAAAUUAAAAGACUCCUUCCAAGGGGAAUUACAAGGCCCUUAUUACUUUGCCGCAACGAUCGACGAAAAGGCCGAAAGAAUGACAAGUGCUAAAGCAUAUUAUUUCCCAAUUGCCUCGCGCCCAAAUUUAAUUGUCCAGGUGGAAUCAGAAGUAGAUCGGCUCUUGACCUCUAAGUCGGAUGAUGGACAAGUCAUUGUGCGAGGUGUCGAAUAUUCAUCUCAAGGCGUCAAAAAAACGGGCUUAGCCCGCAAAGAGAUCAUCCUGAGUGCUGGGUCCAUUGGCACGCCUGCCAUUUUGGAGCGAAGUGGGAUGGGUAACCCAUCGGUCUUGACUAAAUUUGGUAUUCCGGUCGUAGUCAACCUCCCGGGUGUAGGAUCAAAUCUCGCAGAUCAUGCCGCCAUCUUUAACACUUAUCAGCUUAAAGCUGGCCUCACCUCUGGGGACGAUCUUCAGACCAAUCCUACUUUUGCUGCUGAACAAAUGAAACUCUACAGCGAACAAUGCAACGGUAUUUUAACUACUAUCAACCCGCUAUUGGAUUAUGAGCCACUAAGUGCCAUCUUAACCAAGGCAGAAAUGGACGAAGGUUUGAAGGUCUUAGAAAGCGACUCAUCUCACAUACCCAAACCAAUCUUCGAUGCCAUCAAGGCACAGCUCCUGCAUGGUACACCUAUAGAAUUUAUUUCCUUCCUUGGAGCCACCCAUCCUCCAAAUGGUUCUCUUAUUGGGAUUGGAGCUACCCUACAAUAUCCCCUAUCACGAGGAGAAACCCACAUCAGUAGCCGCGAUCCACAAAUGCCGCCGCAGAUUGACCCAGCUUAUUUCAAGCAUCCCUAUGACCUUUGGCUCCUUUCAAAGGCGAGCAAACAUUCCAGGGCUAUCAUGGACCGUCCAUCGAUGCAAAGUGUCAUUGUAAAAGAAUUUACUCCAGGUGACGCAGUGAAAACCGAUGAGCAGUGGAGUUCAUGGGUCAAAUCGGCUUCCUCACCCAAUUAUCAUGCCAUAGGAACCGCAGCCAUGUUGCCUCGCGAGCAUGGUGGGGUUGUAGACACCGAAUUGAAAGUAUACGGCGUAAAGAAUUUGAGGGUUGUUGACGCUAGUAUCAUUCCAACUCAUAUAGCCGCACAUCCAUCAAUGACCGUAUACGCCAUUGCCGAGAUGGCCGCAGAAAAAAUCAUGAAGUCAAAGACUGCUUGAAGAAUGCGACUUUCUGACGUAUAUACCACCCUGAUAUUUCAUCGUUGCAUAACAUUAAUAUAUCUUCCUUCAUUUCGACAAACGGAUUAUUGUAUGUACUGCAUCUGUCUACCUAGUAACGUAGUAUUAUUUACUUUUUCAUGAU